GGGAGAACAGGCGAAUACAGUGGACUUCAAAGGAGGAGAAUGAGAAAGAUGGGAUUGGAGGUUAAUCAUUUUAAAAAUGAACACAAAACUGAAGACAUUUUAGAUGGAUUCCAUUAUAAAGAAUAAACUUUCUUAUUUUUAUUUAUUCCAUUUAUUUUUAUGUAGACAAACACUUGAAUAGUUCAUAUCCAUCCCUCACUACAGGAAGUAUCAGUUUGAUAUCGCAGAAUCCAAAAGUCUUAGACACUAUUGACUAUACACAAACAUUGGGGAAAUCAUAGCAGAUAUUUAAAGGAUAUGGUGAAUUGGAAGGAACAGGGCAGCAAUCAUUAUGCACAGAGAGUAAUUUAGUCAUCAAAGAAGAGGACAACAUGUAUGCCUUAUCUAGUGAAAUGAUUAUCCCAGAAGAUAAACCACAAACAUUUACUGGGUUUUCAAAACAUUUAAAAGAAGAGAAAAGUCUUAAGUCAAACCAAAUGAUUCAUACAAAGGAGGAACCAUUCAAAUGUACAGCAUGUGAGAAAAGCUUCACAUGUAAUUUGCAUCUCCAUGAACACCACACACUUCACACAGUUGUUCAAUCUCACAUGUGUACAGAAUGUGGGAGAUGUUUCACAUCUAAAGGAAACCUUAAGUAUCACAAAAAGACCCAUACGGGGGAGAAACCUUUCACAUGUAAUGAGUGUGGGAGAUGUUUCACAUCCAAGGGAAAUCUCAUAUCUCAUGAAAAGAUCCACACAGGGGAGAAAACUUUCACAUGUAAUGAGUGUGGAAAAUAUUUCACAUCCAAGGGAUGUCUCAAAUCUCAUGAAAAGAUCCAUACAGGGGAAAAACCUUUCCCAUGUACAGAGUGUGGAAAAAGUUUUACACGAUCUGAUAAUCUGAAAACGCAUGAAAGGAGUCACACAGGAGAAAAACCUUUCACAUGUACAGAGUGUGGAAAAAGUUUUACACAUAUGAGUAAUCUGAAAAAUCAUGAAAGGAUUCACACAGAAGAAACGCCUUUCACAUGUACAGAGUGUGGAAAAUGUUUUACACUAAAGAGUAAGCUGAAAACUCAUGAAAGGAUUCACACAGGAGAAAAGCCUUUCACAUGUACAGAGUGUGGAAAAUGUUUUACACGAAUUGAUUAUCUGAAAACUCAUGAAAGGAUUCACACAGGGGAAAAGCCUUUCAUAUGUACAGAGUGUGGAAAAGGUUUUAUACGAAUUGAUUAUCUGAAAACUCAUGAAAGGAUUCACACAGGGGAAAAGCCUUUCACAUGUACAGAGUGUGGAAAAGGUUUUAGAGAAAAGACUACCCUGAGAAAUCACGAAAAGAGUCACAAAGGAGUAAAGCCUUUCACAUGUACAGAGUGUGGAAAAUGUUUUACACUAAAAAGUAAACUGAAAACUCAUGAAAGGAUUCACACAGGAGAAAAGCCUUUUACAUGUACAGAGUGUGGAAAAUGUUUUAUACGAUUUGAUUAUCUGAAAAAUCAUGAAAGGAUUCACACAGGGGAAAAGCCUUUCACGUGUACAGAGUGUGGAAAAGGUUUUACAGAAAAGACUUCUCUGAGAAAUCAUGAAAGGAGUCACACAGGGAAAAUCCUUUUCACGUGUACAGUGUGUGGAAAAGGUUUUAGAAACAAGCAUCAUCUAAACACUCAUGAAAGGAUUCACACAGAGAAAAAUCUUUCACGUGUGCAGACUGUGGAAAAUGCUUUAGACUAAAUGAUCAUCUGAAAACUCAUGAAAGGAUUCACAAGGGAAGAAACCUUACACAAGUUUAGAAAGUGGAAAAAGGUAUCACAAAACACCAAAUAUUUACUUAAAAAAUAAAAUUUAUGUGCACAUUGUGAAGAGCUUUUAAAAAUUAUCCUAAAGAGGUUUCUUCAGGUGGCACCUUAAGUGGUAGCAAAAUUGGUUGCUGCAUGUGGAAAACUGAUAAUGCGCCACAUAUCAGUUGUGUAUGAAGCCAUCUUAUUUGUACACAUUGCCGAUAGGAUUCUGCAGAUUCUGCUGAACUCUUUGAUACCAAAAAUUUGCAGUUCCACACCAGAAAACUAAUCUGAAGCAUUAAGGCCUGUGGCAACCCUCGUAGAGGAUCUCUACCCCAACCGCAAAUAAUAAUACAGGGUAUGAGCAACUCCUAUGCUGCUAUAAAAUUUUUCUACUGAUCUUUUCAAGCGCUAUUCAAGUAAUGUCCUAUGCCUAAUUAUAGGAUAUACGCUGCAACCUCUAACGGUCGUAACAUAGGAAGUGACUACUAUAGAGGCAGUUGAUAUAUGGGAAACUUCCAUAUCACAGUUGAUUACCGAGUAUUUUGAGACCCUAGAGCACGACAUAUCAUUAAUCUUGCUGCAUCAAGAGAUCAUAAUUAAGUCGCCUCUACAUGACUGUAGUACAGACAACGAUCCUGAGUUGGAACAAGUGGGCGGAUAGACCCAUAUUCCCAAUUGAGAGGAAGCGAUCAGGGGAUAACUGAACUUUUGGAUGAUGAUGCCACUUCUGUUACCGAGGACUAAAAAAAUGGCUUACAUAGUUAAAUUCCUUGUUGGGCCAACAUGGAUUAUACAAUGGGCCCCCAGGGAGUUUGUGCUGCAUCUAACCCUGUAUAUGAGAACCAAGUAGUUAAGAGGCUCCUACAGUAUCUUUCUGUGGAGAGUGGCCCUACAUUCCUGCAAAGCCUACUAGAUGAUAGCAGCGCUGUUCUAUUGAGCUCAGGAUUACAAGUCAGUUUCGGGGAAAUGGGUUUUUCUCCACUGAUGAUGCACCCCACAGCAGCUGAGCCUAAAGAACACACAGAGAGAGUAGUGUCUGGGUUAAUGCAUCUUUUCCAACCUGCAGUGUCUCCGUUUGACUGUGGGACUGUUCACUUCAUGCUUCCUGACGAUAUAUUGCCCCUAGGCUCCCUCUGGAGUGCCUUUUUUAUUUUUGCACAAACAGAUCAGUUUGUUGAGUCGCAUGGGAGUGGGCUGGAGCAUAUUUAUACUAAGUGCCCAUCAAGCCUCUACUUAUCCGUGAGACUCUUACAUUUAUUAUAUCUACUCUAAUACAUGAUGUUCCACUGGGACUGAAAUACUGCUGAAUUGAUACUCUUCAGGGAUCUGUACUCUGGGACCUUAAUGAUAGCUUGCUGUAUGCCUGGUUUUUAGUAUGCAGACAAGCAACAAAAGCUACCUUAUAAAUAUGUAUUGAACAAAUGUUCAAUAUGGUGUGCUAUUAUUUAUCUCUGUGAUGUUUCUAUGACACAUUCUCUCACUGUUUAUUUUGCUGCAAUGCUAGCCCUUUAUUAAGGAAGUUUUCACCUGAAAGUAAAGAUUAGCACAUGCUCCAUAAAUUGUAGCCCCAGUAGUACAAAAGGAUUUGGAAUUUUGACACUCUCACUAAGAUAGGUCAACACCAUGACUGUAUAAUAUGAAAAUGUUUACCACCCCUCUUUUUUUAUUUAUUCUUUGAGCUAAACUUAUGGUUUAAUGUUGGAACUGAUAAUUACCAGGAUAAUAAUGUACCAUAUCUACAUUUUAACCCUACAUUCCACAAGGGAUGAGUUAACAUGUUAGCUAUGGGCAACUACCUUCCAAAACAUAAUUCUGAUAUCUGCCUUUCUCUACAAUGAAAGAGCAUGUUACUGAUGGCCUCUAUUCAAGUAUACACAUGUUGUUGGAGGUGGAGCUGCCAGCGGCCGGGACAGUACGCCAUUUCCAUAGUUGACUCCUUAAUCAGCCAUCUUAUUUUAGCUAGAAUUAUGCAUAUGUCAUAGGCUAAACAUGUAUCAUGGUUAUUGUACCUUCUGUUCUACUAACAUCCACAAUAAUUCAUGUUAACCCACCGGACAUUGUUCUGUUAUGCCUAUGCUGUGUUAUGAUAUCUUAUCCUAGUUCUGAGAAGCAUGUUUUGUCAAAAUGCCUCAAAUCACUGAAUAAGUUACACAGCUUUAAAAUUAGUAACUCACUUCCUAUCUUAGUCAUGAUCAGAGCUUCAUUUAACUUUUUAUCUGAUCCAAAGUUACUAUAUAUAUCAAUUGUUAUCGUGUUCUGCUAGAGUUUGAAGGUCCAAAAGUGACCUUAUAUUAAUAUAGGCAAAAAAAACAUAAAACAAGGUUCACCCUUUGGGACCCAAAAGUGGUGUCCUUUUGUUUUGCAUUUCCUGCUACAGCCUUAUAUCCUAUAAGUCCAUGGGAGGUCCAAGAGUGACCUCAUAAGUCAUUAAGCAGGUUUCACGUUUACUUGGCAAAUAAUAUUUUACUAAAAUGUUUACUCUGUCAUGUAGACAUGUACUGUUCAAUUUCCUUGAUGUAUUCUGGUUGUAAGCUUUGUCAUUUUAUUUUUCUGCACUGUAUUAUUUUCUACUGACAGCUAAUUAAUGCCUGUAUGCCCUGAGAUGAACCUAAUAAAAAAAUGAUGGAUAA